UUAUGUGUUUAUCUGAAUAGAAAAUGUAAUAUUAUGUACAAAUUGUAUCCUAAUUUAAGCUAGAAGUAGUCAAUGAUAUUAUCAAUGAUGAAUGGGAGGUAAUAAAAGGAAAAAUGAAGAAUUUGUACAACAAAAUUUUCUUCUUUGUUUCCUUUCUCUCAUAUCGCUGGUGUUAUAGUAUUUCUGCUUCUGAACAACAGUUUCAAAAAUAUGGUAUGGAUGAUAGUAAUGUAUGUUUGAAAGACACUAAAACUUUAUUUUGGAUAAAUGAUGGAACUAGUGUAAUUGUGAUUGGUAAAGUUACUCCGCCACUUAGUGCCAAUGCAGCACCCGUCUGUAAACUAAUUUUUGGUUCCAAGUCAGAUAAAGGGAUGAAUACAUUACAUGUGAAUUUUGAGAGUUUCUAUAUCAACGAUUGUGCAAUUAGUUUACAUUUACAUCAGUCACCAUCAAGUGUCUUUGAUGCAGAUGUUGAAAAAAUAUUAAGUUUAUCUUGUGAAAUGCCAAAACCUGAUGCAUUUUAUACAAAAGAAGGUAACUUAUUGAUGUUAACUUUAGAUAGAGAAGAUCAGUAUAUGAGAGAAUAUAAUUUUAGAAUAAAUAUCACAUUAUCAGUUGGUCCUCCCAAAACGGGACCAUCAACAGCAGUGUUGAUUAUUGUUGCUGUUGCCUUAUUGUCAGCGAUAGUAAUUAUAGCUUUUGUAAUAAUGAAAUAUUUAAAAUUAAAACGUGAAGUGUGGAGAGAGAGACGAGCAGAACGUGCAAUAGUACAGGCUAUACAUGUUUAUAAUUCACAAGAAUUACAUCAUAGAGACACUCAUUAUACAUCAGUUCCUUCCAAUAGACACUGUCCAACACAUGAACGAUUACAAUAUGGUUCCAAUCAGCAUAAUGGAAGUCAUAAUGGAAAUUUGAUACGUGGAGACAGUGGUAAUUUAUAUAAUAUAGACUAUAGUGAUUCAGAUAUACAACAACCAUUAUGUGAACUAGAUGAAAAUAUUUUAAAUGAAAGUAAUCGUCAAGAAAGUGACUCCCAAUCCUUACCGCCUUCUUAUGAAGAAGCUUUGGAUAUGCCAAAACCGUCUUUGCCUGAAUCACCUAUUUAUGCAAAUACGUAACACAGCCCAUCUUUUGUUCACAGAUUAAUCUGAAUGUUUUUCCUGUAACAGUAAUCAUGAUGGCUGAAUAUUCAGUUCGGGUAAGGCCGUCGGGCAUGCUGAUAUCCUAAGGCUAUAUGAAUGAAGAAAGAAUUUUUCUUACUUGUUUCAUACAAACUUACGAUAACUCUUUAGGACAACCUGCCCAACAAUUAUUUGAAGUUUAAAUAUUUUGAAAAAAUACCAAGGUUAUUACAGAAGUAUUAUUGUGAAAUUAUAUACUUGUUUUUCUGAUAUGCCACUCAUAAAUAUGUCCCUGUGUAAGCUCAAUUACAUUUUCAUAUGGUUUUUAUAUGCCCACAUGGAAAUGUGUUUGUAUAUUGCUGUAGCCCCUUCGGUCCGUAGUCCACAAUUUCUUGUGAACACACUACAGACUACAUUUAUCAUCUGAUUGUUUUGAAAUUGAUAUAUGUAGUUUACAUUAGUGAGAUGAAGAAUCCUAUAUAACUUCAAUAAUUUACAUUAAUUUAUUCUGGAGUUAUGGCCCUUGUUUCACUUUAAUCACACCUUACAAAUGCUCUAACAUCAAAAUUAUCAUCCGAUCUGUAUGAAAUUUAUAUACAUCCUUUAAAUUAGUGAAACCAAGAAGCCUAUAAAGUUAUGACCCUUGUUUCACUUUGUCAAACACUGUGAAUGAUCUAAGGACAAAAGUUAUCAUCCAUUCUCAAUUAAAUAUAUAUAUAUGCUUUAUUUAAAUUAGUGAAACAAAGAAGCUUAUUGAAUUUCAGGAAUUUUCCAUAAUUAUGUCUAGAGUUAUGGCCCUUGUUUCACUUUGUUGAACCUUGUGAAUGCUUUAACAAUAAAAGUUAUUAUCCGAUCUGUAUGAAAUUUAUAUGCAUUAUUUAAGUAUGAAACAAAGAAGUCUCUUGAAUUUCAGCAAUUUCAGCAAUUGCUUCUAAAGUUAUGACCCUUGUUUCACUUUGUUGAACCUUGUGAAUGUUCUAACAACACAAGUUAUCAACCGAUCUGUAUGAAAUUUAUAUGCAUCAUUUGAGUUAUUGAAAUGAAGACGUCUAUUGAAUUUCAGCAAUUUCUGUCAAUUCCUUAAAAAGUUAUGGCCCUUGUUUUGCAUUAUUUGAAUUAGUAAAACAAAAAAGCUAUCAAAUUUCAACAAUUUUUGUGUAUUACUUUCAGAGUUGAGGCCCUUUUCAGUUUGUAGCACCUUGUGAACCCUCAAAGGACAAAAAUUAUAAUCUGAUCUGUAUGAAAUUGACUUCUAAAUGGCCCCCAUUACCUACAGAAGAUUAUACGACAACCCUUGUUGACCACUCAGAUGAUUAAGCUGCUGUGGGUGUAUGUUUCAGUGCCUGGUAACCUUUUUGUAAAACCACAUGUAAAUAGGAUGAAGGGCAAGAGAUUAUAUUAAAUAAUAUUAAAUUAUGAAAAAAACUUUGAAUAUCAAAAGAUAGGUUGCCAGGCAACGAAACAUACCCCCCACCCUAUUAGGUUAUCUGAGCAGUCCACAAAAGUCUUCGCAUUGUGAAUCUCUAAGUAUAUAAAUGGCAAAAUCUUUAUCAUCGAUGGGAAUAACUCUAGUAAUUAUUAAAAAUGUGAUGGGCUUUUGGAUUUCACUAAUGUAAAUAAUGAGGUAAAUUUGAAUAACUCUGGGGGUUAUCAGAAAUCACUGAAAUUAAUGUAUAAACAGUAGGAUGAUAAUGUAGUCAGUGGAUGAACGACAAUUUACAACUCCAUUUCAAUGUGAAAUCCAGUUUAAUGCAAGAAUCUUUGUCACAGCCUUUUCAAUUAUCUGAUAUAAAGAUAGGACUUUAGUAGGUGGACUCAUAACAGAAUAAUCCUUGAAAUCAUUGAGAUCUUACAGCAUUUGAAAAAAAAAAGUGAAUAAAAAGAGUGAUAAUUGUAUUUGAGCAAGCAGAAUUGAUAGUCAGCAUGAACUAGUAAGUUAUUGAAAUGGAAUACUAGAAUGUGUGUAUUACACAUGGAGAUAGUUAUUAAUGUUACG